AACUCGUGCAUAAUGGAAGCCAGGAGCAAUCUUCUUCAAUGAAUAAUAAUGAUAAUAAUAAUAAUAAUUUGUUUCCAUGUGAAAACAAUAUGAUGCAGAAUAACUUAAUACAAAAAUCUGGUAUAGAAACUACGAAGGAAAGUAACAAAGAGAAUUCUCUUUCCUCUAGUAUUAUGACUACAAUAAGAAAGCCCGUAAUUCGCCAAAUUGACAUCGUAACAACAGCUAAUAAUAGACACAGGGAAACUGUAAUUCAAUUAGAAAAAAAAGUUGAAGUAUUAAUAAAAGCAGUAAACAAAUACAAACAAGAAAUUAAAUUAUUAAAAGAGGAAAGAAGUCACAAUUCUGAUGGGUUACAGUUAAUUCAUAGUACUCUUAGCGAUCAGGAAAAAUUAAUCGAUGAGCAAAAGGCAGAAAUAAAUAAGCUCAGAAUACAAAACGACAAUUUACAACAAUUUGCACUGGAGAAGUCAAAUUUAAUGGAAGCUAAAUUCUCCGAAUUAAAAUCUUUUUGUGAAGAGGUAGGCUUAAACGAACCUUAUGGACCCGUCGGUCACAUAGCUGCAAAUCUCAUACAUCUUGGCCGUGGUGUUUGGCUACCAGUCGAUGUAUAUAAUUUAGCCAUAUAUGGAAUCACAAAAAAAACGAAAAAACAGUUCGUUCGGAAUAUAUUGGUGGCAGUAUUUGGUUACGACAUACUCACAGAAAGUACUAUUUCAGGAAAGGCGAGUAAUAGAGCAGAACAUCCAAUGACUGAAAUAAAAGCUUUAGAUCCAAAAAAAGUACUGGCAAUUAAAGAUAUUUAUAAAUAUUUCUUAAAAAAAGAAUUAAAGAUACCUGACGAAGCUGCUGAAAUGGAGGCAGACAGCACUAAUACAUCCAUUGGAAAAAAAAUUGCUCAAAUUAAACGAAUUUAUCAUAAACCUGAUAAAACAGUUUCUAAGAAAAUUUUGGGUUCGGAGGGUAAUGCAGACGAAGUUGAGUUACCCGAAAAAGAAGGAGACGAGCAUCAAGAUAAAAUUAUAGAAGAUAGAGAGCAGCAUCGAAAUGAAAAAAGUACCGAAGAAGUAGAGGAAUAUGAAAAUGAAAGAUGCAUAGAAACAGCUGAUGACUAUGGAAAAGAAACUAUUGAUGACGAAAUUGAUAUCGAAAAAGAAUUGGCAGAAAUUGGCGUAGGAAAAAAUGAAUCAGAAAUUAAUUUCUCUCAAUAUUAAGUCAGAAUCAGAUUUGAGAUGUUUGAAAUGUUUCAAAACAAUAAUAUUGCUUACCUCGGCGUGGGAAGAUCCAGAGGAAUCUUCCAGGUUAUCGUAACGUAUUGUGAGUAAUUUAUUUAUUUUUGAUAUUAUAUUUUCACAGGGUGUC